GAGGGAGCUGCUUUGAAUCCACUGCCGGUGUGUACAGGGGCCAUCAUGACGCUUUGCCCCUGUGGCUGCUCGAGUUGACGGCUAGGCAGAGGCCUGUUUAGUUAGCCAUUACUUCAUCGUCCUUGCUCGCUGCACCGCUUGCAUAAGGAACGCGUCCCCGGCAAGCUAGCUCGGCAGAAGGAGAGCUUCAGCUAGUGCAAGAGCAAGCUCUCUGCUUCCUCUCGGACUGGCAGUGCCGAGCUGGAACAGUGCCUGCCACUGGGAGCGGCAACCGAUGAUGGGGUGAGCAUUCUUUCCGUUCCCUCCACUUAAUCGUCGAUCUGCCUUUGGUUGCUUACUCUCCCCCAUUAUGCGUGUGUCCUUGCUUGUUUCUCAUCUGUUAUUUCGUUCGCUAGAUGUCCAACGAUCUAGAUGCGUAUGCAAAAAGAUACCCGCAUAGGACUAAAUCAUAGUCGAGGGUAUACGAGUCUAGGAAGAAAUCCAAGGGGGCCAAGAUCCAUGUCGAUAGUUGUUUCGCUCCAAAAGAUGUUUAUGAAGUAGUAGUUCAGUUUACGGCUGACCAGAGAGCGACCGUAGUGGAUAUUGGGCUCGGGGGGAUGCUGAACAUAGACAACUUCAUGCACAUGGACCAUGAGUUCUCCUGGAACUUGUUACUGAACACCGAUGCCGAGCGCUCUGCCCUUAAGAUAGAAGAAGGCGUCUACGUCACUUUUAAUGUGAUUGACAUUCACAACAUCUUAGGCACGCCUGUCGAGGGAGAGAUCAACAUAGAAAACACAUAUGCUGCACCCACGUCAGACCAAAUCAAGAAGAUUAGGGGUAUGCUAGAUUUAGAAGAUCUCCCUCUGUAUCUGACGCCCGCUGACCUGCGGUGGGCUCUCAAGAAACCAUGCCAAAACCCCUUUUCCGAGGAAGACAGAGUCCGAACCCAGGUUGGUUUUGCCAUGCUUUGCAUUUCCACUUGUUUUAGUCCUAGGGACAAAAGAACAACAAUCCCAGGGGAAGCGUAUGAGAUAUGCAUGGACCCCUCGAACCUGCAUAAGGUGAACUGGGGGAAAUACAUACAUAGUGAACUACUCCGCGCGGCAACAAGAUGCAAGAAGCUUUUAAGAGAAAGGAGGACGCCCCACGCGUACGGAGGCAUAUUAGUGUUGCAGGCGCUCCACUUUGACUCUGUUGACUGCUCUGCGUUUGUCAAUCCCGAUCUGUCCGUGCGUCCAAGAAUAAGGUUCUUCACAGCUGGCAACCUCGGCAGACUUAUACUUGGCAACACCAUCCCAGGCACUGUUCCUAAGCAGUACGGUGUGAUGAAGGCUAGGGUGGUGCCAACUCAAAACCUCCCGUGGGACACGACACAUGUCAGGCGCAAAAUCGCAGAGGCUAAAGCUUUUAUAAACAGGUUGCUGCAUGAACACUCGCUGGCUAGUACAGAGCGCAACAAGAAGUUUUCCCAGAGGCUAUCUGAGCUUAACAGCGGGGCCAUUUGUUUUGUGAACAACAACAUGCGCAAGGAGAUUGAAAUGCACAUGGAAAAUGAGAGGGUAGUGACGAGGAGGCACAUGGAAACUUUAAUUAAGUACGUUGAUGAGCUGGGCCUGGGAGACUUUGGAAACGACCUAAAACAACAACUCAUUGAUGUGGCGGCUCAAACAGGUGCCUACAGUGGGACUGGAGAAGGGACGAGCUGAAACGAAGCAUUAAAUCCUGGCCAAUCCAUUCCUGCAGCGGGUGUGCUCCGUCCUGUUGCCAUUCGUCCUGAACCAGUGCAUCCCCCGGUCCCCAAUCGCGAGCCCCUGCAGCAUACUGAUAGUGUUUCAUCCUUAAUGCUGCCCGGGGAGGCUGAGGUAGACGAGAUGGCCAAUCCAGUAUUGCCAAGCAUGCCAAUUCGUAUGUCCAUGGGGUCUUUUGGACAGUUUUAUCUAAAUGGUGGCCUAGCUAAUGUGCCACGGCCUGAUGAAAACAUGGGGUUUGUGCACCUGGGGAAGAGAAAAGAAAGAGACUUUAACGAGGGGGGUGAGAUAAUUAUUUACGAGGGGAAACGCGCCCCUCCUAUAGAAUUGAAUUUGUUGUCAAGUUUUGGAGCUGACAACUCUAGCAGCAGCUCCGUGCCAUGCAUGCAUGACGGGAGAUCUCCAUUCAGCAUACCUGGCUUCACUUACGAGUUUAUUUCACCAGCAGUCGCCAACAAAGGAUGGGAAAACAUGACUCAGUGCUCACGUGAUGUUUUAGACAGUACAUGGUUUGAUCUCGCUGGGCCGCCCCACAUCGUAAUGUCCGGGAGCGAGUUCUAUGCAAACUUUUAUCAGCCGGGGGGGGGGGGGGGCUUGAUGACAAGGGUUUUGAGGUUGUAAACAUGGUUAUGGUCGAGCAUAAUGGAAGGUGGCACAAAAGCUCCGACGGGAGCCGUUUCCGUCACCCUUUGCCGCCGUACUUUGCGGCCAAAGUCAUGGAGGAAGGGUACGAUUUCUUGACUGAUCCUUACAUAAAAACUGUUUGUUGGAGAGCACGUGCGUUAUGAUGUGAAGACAUGCCGUCUGAUACUGGUCCCUAUGAAGGGUGGGAGCGGCUACCACGCGUUGUACAUCUUCGACAUGAUGAAGAAAAUUGUCCAUGUGAUGGAUCCUAAGAGGGCGCACUACAAUGUUGUUGAGCUCGAAAGGAAGCACACAGGAUGCAUCGACAGGCUCCUGUUCGCACUGUGCAAGUGCAUAGAGAGGUUUUUCGAUGGGUGGCAUGUUAGAGAGGAUGAAUUCACAAGAAAAGCGCACCGCAUGAUGCAUGAGCCAUCCUCAAGCAAUGACUCCACCUUCUACAACAUUCACUUCAUGUGGUCGUUUGAUGGUGAAUACAUGCAGAAAGAGAUCUGGCAGGACCAGCUGACGCCGUUCAGACAGCAACUCAUGAGAAUGGUUCUCACCCUGCCCGGAAACAGAGCGCUGCCUCCAGAGGACGUGGUGGACCCUGACAUGUGAUGGAUAGAGGGUUUCUCGUCCGAUAAUCGUGUGCUUCGUACUAGUAUUUUCAUAAUUCAUAGUUUAAUCGCUUGAACAAGAUUCGACGUCUCGCACUAGUAUUUGUAUAAUUAAAACUAUUGUCUGGUGGAUCUUGGUCCUGUUGAAAACAAUCGGGCCGGUGUUACCAGUUUGUGGGUGUGCAAAUAUGCUUCCUCUUUUACGUUUUUUUCCUUA